AUGUCCACCUCCCUCCUCUCCCUCCUCGUCUUCCACGGCUCCCCCCUCGACUUCAUCAAAUACCGCCACGCCGUGCUCCUCCUGACCUACCCGGACAACCAGCAAAGCAUGUUCCACAUCAUCGGACCGCCCGGGGAGUUCAAGUUCGUCGAAGUAACUGGGGCGAAUCCCACGCAGAGCGCAAAGCUAGAGAGGAAUAUCCCUGUCGCGAAUGUAAGUGCUUCUAUCUCUAGGGAGAUGAUCAGGGAUGCGUGCGCAAGGGUGAAAGUGCGGAAUGAUGUCCCCGGGUGGAAUUGUCAGAAUUGGGUCGGGGAGGCGCUGACUGAGUUGGUGAAGAUUGGGUGCUGUACGGAGAUGCAGAGGGGCGUUGCUGUGGAUGGGAUGGUGGAUGCGUGUUUGGAGGCGAGGGAUGAGAGAUGGGAUGGUGUCGAGAGGGCUCCAUGA